UUCUAAUUUUCAGAUAUGAAAUUCCUAGUAUUCGUUGCACUCAUUGCCAUUGCGGCCGCCCGCCCUCCAAAGAGUGGCUCGCUCAUUCCUGAGACCGCAGGACCCAUCAUUGAAGAACCAGAAAAUAUCAACACCAACCCAGCCCUUGUUGACGAAACCGAGAACAUCAACACCGACCCAGCCCUUGUUGACGAAACCGAAAACAUCAACACCGACCCAGCCCUUGUUGACGAAACCGAAAACAUCAACACCGACCCAGCCCUUGUUGACGAAACCGAGAACAUCAACACCGACCCAGCCCUUGUUGACGAAACCGAGAACAUCAACACCGACCCAGCCCUUGUUGACGAAACCGAGAACAUCAACACCGACCCAGCCCUUGUUGACGAAACCGAGAACAUCAACACCGACCCAGCCCUUGUUGACGAAACCGAGAACAUCAACACCGACCCAGCCCUUGUUGACGAAACCGAGAACAUCAACACCGACCCAGCCCUUGUUGACGAAACCGAGAACAUCAACACCGACCCAGCCCUUGUUGACGAAACCGAAAACAUCAACACCGACCCAGCCCUUGUUGACGAAACCGAGAACAUCAACACCGACCCAGCCCUUGUUGACGAAACCGAGAACAUCAACACCGACCCAGCCCUUGUUGACGAAACCGAGAACAUCAACACCGACCCAGCCCUUGUUGACGAAACCGAGAACAUCAACACCGACCCAGCCCUUGUUGACGAAACCGAGAACAUCAACACCGACCCAGCCCUUGUUGACGAAACCGAGAACAUCAACACCGACCCAGCCCUUGUUGACGAAACCGAGAACAUCAACACCGACCCAGCCCUGGUUGACGAAAACGAGCCAAUCUCAACUGACCCCGCUCUGGUUGACGAAGCCGAGAACAUCAACAUCGGCCCAGCCCUAGUUGAUGAAAACGAGCCAAUCUCAACUGACCCUGCUUUGGUUGACAAACCUGUUCCAGCUGGUUCUCCACUUGUUCAAGUUAUCAUCAACAUUAAGUCCGCCUCAAGCCCAGCUUUGAAGCCUGAAGACAUUGACAACAGCCCUGCUAUCAUCCCUGAAACUCCCAUAAUUCCAGACCCAAUCAACAUCGGACAACCAGACCUUCCUCUCAUCCCCGACCCAAUCAACAUUGGAGUUCCCGUUCUUCCCGACUUAGCCAUCAACCUCCCUGAGGAACUACACUAAACAUUGUUUACAAACAAACAACAUGUACAACUGCAAAUAAAUAAUUAUUUUUA